UCCGGGAAUAUCUCACUUUUCUCGAUCUUCUCUCAAACCCCACAAAAGAAGAAGAAGAAGACGCUAUUAAACAAUGGAGGAUUGCAUGAGACUCUGCAUGAGAAAGCUAGCCCUUUGGUACACCAAGACGUUCAAGCCCCUCAUGACCCACGACGAGCUCGAACCCAUCAUGGCCACAAUGGGUUUCGUCGGCCUUCCGCUGGAAUACAGCGCUUCCACGCUGUCUUGGAAGGAGUACGUCUACAGCGCGCCGUCCCCGGGGUUCUCGUCGCGGUGGUCGAAGUCCUCGCCUUGUUCGGGUUCCUUUGCCGGUGAACCGCUCAAGGCGGAGCCGCCGAGGCCGAAGCUGCCUUACCCCAGGAUCGAUGGGCUCCACAUUUACACUUACCGCGCUUUCCUGGACGCCGUUAACUUUUAUCUCGAGAUGUGCGACAUUUCUGAGCUCUUCCACAUUAGGGGAAUGCCGCUUUAUCGGAAUCACGACCGGAGCAGGAAGUGGAGAUGUAUGGAAGAGGACGAUAGCUUGUUCGUAUACCGGGAAGGAACACUGGAACAAACAAUAUACAAUCUGUAUCAUUUCAACAAGACAAACUCCAACAGCAAUGGUUACAGCUCGGUAGUUAUUCGAGACAAAGGGAACAACGACGACACCGUUAGCUGCGUUGUUCCGUUGAAGGACAUCAUAGUAUGACGCACCUACAAAGGUUCACCAUUUUGUUCAUGGAAUUCACAUGCCCCAUAGUCGAUUUUUCGAGGUUUUUUUUUCGGUUUGAAAAAACUAGAUUCUUUUUAUCAUCAUUAAGAAAGAUGAACAAAGAAAAACAGAGAUCUUGAGGACUUGAAAGAAUUAGAUUAGUCACUUUUUGUUUAAUGAUUAAAUGCCUGUGAAUUAGAACUUACAGUGUGGGUUCUGUUGCUCUCA